GUCUAUUUGUCGGCGAAACAAGCGAGGGGGGAACUGUUAAGGUCAGUGACGUGAAAGGAAGGCUCAAGCGCCCGACUCACCUAUCUGGUGACUGCCCACCUUAGAAGGUGCCCUCGUAGUGCCUUCGACCUCUUGCCGACAUCAACCCCACCGCGACCGACGCUCUUCUCCCAACGCUCCACCAAGAGACCUCAACCAAACAUGGAAGAAGAGCCAGUGUCAUUGAAGCGAAAGAGGUCUUCGCAGUCGCUCACCGAUGAUGAAGGUGAGUGAACCUCACGAUUCUUCUUUCCACCAGAUUAACUGGCACAGCCUAAGACGUGACAGUGGAACGGAUGCUGCAGGAGCGGGAGCGCGAGGGCCUCACUAUCCAAGCCUGCGUUUCCGCCAGCGCCGAGAUUGCUCGGCGCAAGGCUGCUGGUAUCCCUCGGGUGUUCGCGACGCGGUAUGCCGACGAGUUUGACCACCUCUGGGAAGAUAAGUCCCCUGACGCUGCCUCUCUUGUCGGCAGCGUGAGUGAACUCGAGGAAGGGGAGAUACGCGAGACCGCCUCGGAGAAAGCUGCCAGUCUGAUGAGAGAACGGAACGCCAGCAGCCCGUUGUCAAACCAGACUGGCACUGGACUCCAUCAGACUAAUACGCCCUUUCACCGAGGUGCUGAUCCGCACCCUCUGCACCAACGUCCACCUGCCCCAAAGGGUCCGGGGAGCAUUCUCAAGAAUGCUCCCUCGACCCAGCAUCGUUCGCUCUUGAGUCCUUCAGCGUACGCCCACGGCAAACUCACCAGCAAACAAGCCUGGGAAAUCAUGCCAACAUCUCCUCUUAACCACAAGUCAACCGAACAUAAGCCAUACUUCACCCCAGGGACCGCCCUACCCUCUGUUCAUCUUAUCAGCCCUAACGAGCCCUCGCAGCUCCACACCAAGGCUCAUGAUUGUUCAAGCAACGGUGGACCAAGACAACAGCACGAUGCUUCCCCUCAAUGGAAGCGCUGGGUUCGCCAAUGCAGCGAGCAUUGGGACGUGCAGGAUACAGUUCCGGUACGUCCGUACUUGACGAACAAUGGCGGGGGGAUUGAUGGUUCGGGUGUGGUUGGCUUGCAGGUGCGCGACACAACUACUACAACUACUUCAACGCUCGCGGUAUCUUCCCGCACUGAAAAGGGAGCAGAUGACUUUUUGGAGGAACUGGGUCAGGAGCUGUUGGGUCGUGGAAAGUUGCCAGGGCGCUUGUUGAACGGAUGAACAAUAUUGGCGGUGCGGAACUUCCAAGAGUUGACUUCAGCGGUGUAUUUGCUUCACUGAGGGGGGUUUCAGGAAAAAGAAUAGAUGUGGAGCCUUGUAUGGAAGCGAUAAAUACGUUCGCUAGCAACGAAUCUUGGGUUAGGCCCAGUUUGAGCAAAAGAGGACGUUUUCUCUUCAUCAAGUGCAUCUCACACUUUACAUAAGCCAGAGCAGGGGCGCAGAGUCUCUCUUCCUCGUUCAUUCAUGAACUGCCUGCAGCAAACAACAGUAUUUUAACACAGAUGACAACAAAAAUGUGAAAGUAUGAAGUGAGAUUUGGAGUGGGUGGAUCGUCGGUUGAAU